AUGGCCACACCAGACCCACAAGUGGCUGUGCCUCCAACACUACCAACACAGCCACAUAUAUCAACCCAGCCUGUGACCCUGCAAAACUGGUACAAGAAGAUCAAUUGGCUCAAUACGACACUGGUCGUCCUCAUCCCAAUCUAUGGCCUCUAUCUUUCCCUUUCUACACCCCUCACCCGUCCUACACUGCUAUGGAGCAUCCUUUACUAUGCCACAACCGCCUUUGGUAUCACAGGCGGUUACCAUAGAUUAUGGAGUCACCGUUGUUACUCUGCACGUCUUCCUCUACGCAUUUUUCUCGCAUUCGUAGGGGCCGGUGCCAUCCAAGGAAGCAUACGCUGGUGGAGCGCUAAUCACCGCGCUCACCAUCGUUGGACUGAUACCAUGAAAGACCCAUAUUCGGUCAUGCGGGGUCUACUCUUCUCCCACAUUGGAUGGAUGGUCUUAAACACGGACCCCAAAGUGAAGGGACGUACGGAUAUUUCUGAUCUGGACAACGACGCCAUUGUCGUUUUCCAACACAAGCACUAUGGCAAGAUUCUUAUUUUUACCGCCUGGAUCUUUCCUGCAUUAGUCGCUGGCCUGGGAUGGGGAGAUUGGUGGGGAGGUCUUGUGUACGCAGGCAUCAUUCGAGCGUGUCUCGUUCAGCAAGCGACAUUCUGUGUCAAUUCGUUGGCACACUAUCUUGGAGAGCAACCGUUUGAUGACCGCAGGAGCCCUAGAGAUCAUGUGUUUACCGCUCUCGUUACCAUGGGAGAAGGCUACCACAACUUUCAUCACGAAUUCCCUAGCGACUACCGUAACGCUAUCCUCUGGUACCAAUACGACCCCACUAAAUGGCUGAUCUGGGGCAUGUCCAAAAUCCCCUUCUUCCCACUAACCCAAGACCUCAAGACGUUCCGCGCCAACGAAAUCGAAAAAGGCCGUCUCCAACAACAGCAAAAAGCUGUAGACAAGAAACGCGCAGCACUCGACUGGGGCACCCCGCUUUCCCAACUGCCCGUCCUCUCCUGGGACGACUUUCAAACCCAAGCUUCUACAAAUGGCGCCGCGCUGGUAGCUAUUGCUGGUGUCAUCCACGACAUCUCGCCUUUUAUCGCCGACCACCCCGGCGGUAAAACACUGAUCAAAUCUGCGAUUGGGAAAGACGCAACUGCUGUAUUUAACGGGGGUGUGUAUGAACACUCAAAUGCAGCACACAACCUGCUCUCAACGAUGAGAGUAGGUAUUCUGCGCGGAGGCCAAGAAGUAGAGGUCUGGAAAUCGAGUGCGGAGCGGGCGUCUAAGGAUGUUAGGGGUUUAGGUAUUGUUCGGGCGGGUGAGCAGGCUACAAGGGUCGCGGCGCCGGCUACUGUGGCUACUGCGGCGUGA